AGAGAGAGGAGAGAGGAGCAUUUCUCAAGUCCUGUACGGGGUUUGAGCUGAAAGUACUCUCUGCUGCUGCUGCUGCUGCCGGACUUUCAUCGACACUGUCCGGCUCUCAAACCCGACAGAACCGCACGGUUUACGGUGUGUAAUCACGACACACACCCGCGGUGGUGGUUGCUGUGGUUAUUGGCGGACAGAGGAAAGAAAAGCUGGAGAACAACUCCAGCUUUUCAGAGGAGACGAGGAGAGGAGAGAAGGAGAGGAGGAGAGCUGUUGGAGGGGAAACGAGGGCUCUGGAGUCGGAAGUGAUUUGUCUUUAUUCCUCCGGUCAGAAAUGUAACUUCGGUUCAGGAUUUCCACGAAGAAUAAUAGUCAAGUUCGGAGAGCGAAGACUAAAGUACAGCAGGAGUUUUCUGAGCACAAGAUUUCUAUAAAACAGCAUCCAAAUCCUCGGAGUAUGGGAAGAGUUGUUUGUGAACUGUAAAAUGUACCCGCUACAUCGAGAGAGGGAGCAGCCCAUCUUCAGUGCCAAAGCUCAUGUCUUCCAGAUUGACCCGGCCACCAAGCGCAACUGGCUGCCAGCCAGCAAACACGCCGUCGCCGUGUCCUUCUUUUACGAUGCCAGCCGCAGCGUGUACCGCAUCAUCAGUGUGGGCGGGACUAAAGCCAUCAUCAACAGCACCAUCACUCCCAACAUGACGUUCACCAAAACCUCGCAGAAGUUUGGCCAGUGGGCCGACAGCAGGGCCAACACCGUUUAUGGCCUGGGCUUCUCCACAGAGCAGCAACUGCAGCAGUUCGCAGAGCAGUUUAAAGAGGUGAAGGAGGCGGCCCGUUUGGCCAGAGAGAAAUCCCAGGAGAGGUUUGAACUUGCCAACCCUGCACUCAGCAUUGCAGCUCCCCAGCUCUCCCAGGAGCUGUCAGAGGAGCGUCAUUCGCCGCCGCCGCUGCUGACGGUUAACGGUCCGGGCGAGGAGAAGCUGUUUCGAAGCAAGAGCGCUGAGGUGGAGCUGACAGUGGAGAAGGAGCGGGUGAAGAAGAUGUUGUCUGAAGGGUCCAUGUGUGAGAUAAACCUGGAGGCUGAGCUCUUCACACUGCAGGACAGUAACGCUAAGCUGGUGGAAGCGCUGCAGGAAGCAAACAGCAGCGUGGAGCAGUGGAAGAAACAGCUGGCCGAAUACCAGGAGGAGACCGACCGCCUCCGAGACCAGGUGGCAGAUCUGGAGGCCCAGCUGGGACAUCCUGCUGCUGGUCAGACUGCUAGAGAGGAGCUGAGUCGCUCACUGGAGGAGCUCGAGGCUCUGCUGAGUGCCAGAGAACAGGAAAUUCACAAUUUGCAGAGCAAGAAAGCAAAUGUGGGCAAGUUAGAGAAGGAGAGAGAGGAAGCCAUGCAGCAGCUCCAGGAUAUGGAGAGACGAAACACUGAGCUGGAGGAUCGAGUUCAGAGUGCGGAAAAUACGCUGGCGUCCAGCCGGGAGGAGCGGGAGCAGGCGGAGGUCGAGGUCCAGCGUAUCAUCGAGGUGCUGGACGUCAAAAUCUGCGACCUGAAGGACCUGAGACAGAGCUUAGCAAAGCUCGUAGAUAACUAGCGACAGCAGCAGCCGGGCUGCAUCUCCACAGUCAGAGCUCGUCUUCGUCGCGUGGCCUUCGUUUGUGUUUCACUGAUGGAGGAAUCAAAGCAGCGUGGAGGAAAAUGCUCAAGUGUUUUCUCUCACGGAUUUGUUUUGUUAGUUUAAGAUCAGUGCAGAAUAAACACAAUUCACAUCA